UAUCGAUAUAUUGUAAUGCAUUUUUAUUUGAUCGAGUUUUCCGACAGGAUGAAAAUUUUAGGUUCAGCCAUGGCAUAUUCGAUACUUUUAACUAGACUUCUCAUUUUUUGGUAUAAGCAACGAACGUUCAACAAAAUAUUAACAAUGAUGGCGAUCGACUGGGAAAAAUGUACCAACUCAAAAUUUAGUAUGUUAACAACGAAGUGCAAUGCCAAACUGUCGCAGCGCUUCACUAACAUAACGGUGAUUCUCUAUUUGACAAAUGUAACUCUUUUUAGCAGCAAUAUCUUCAUAAAAGAUAUGGAUGAUGUCAUAACUUCCAACGUUUCCACACGAUCACUCAUUAUAGACAUGGAUUUGCCAUUUGACGUUAAUCGAAGAUUCGUAUAUGAAUCGGUCAUAAUUGUUCAAUUUCUUCACAUGCUGAUAUGUGCUAACGGAAUGGGAUUAAUAAAUGCUUUACUUAUAAAUUUGGUGUUGCAUAUAAGCGGUCAAAUUGAUAUUCUUCGUAAAAGUGUGUUGGAACUUUUUCCGAAAGAAAAUAAGUGCAGUACGAAUCGUUCUAUGGUAAAAAGAGUAAUCAAGAAACACCAGAAUAUUAUCACUUUUUCAGAACAUAUUGAAGAUCUGUACUCGUAUAUCUCAAUGGUGCUUCUCAUAUCGGAUACUUUGCUUAUCUGCUGCUUGGGUUUUACAAUGGUCACGUCGAUUGGGCGACCCAAUGCUUCAGAAAGUAUAAUCAGGAAUUUCUUAUUUUACCUCGCUGUGAAUAUAGAGGUAUUUAUAUUCUGUUUUGCUGGAGAAUACUUGAGCGCUAAGAGCAAGAGCAUUGGAGAUGCUGCAUACGAUUCUCUUUGGUACGAAUCAGAUUUCAGAGAUAGUCGAAAUAUAUUGCUCUUAAUAUUGAGGUCGCAAAAUCAAUUAACCAUUACAAUUGGAAAAAUAAUGAAUUUAUCUCUAGAACAAUUUACCAAUAUUAUAAAAACUUCGGCUUCUUACUUAUCGAUUCUACUUGCGAUGUAUUAAAACGAAACUGUAUCUAUUUACAUCGACAUUUUAAUGAGAAUUAACAGCUGGUUUAGUUGCAACAAAAUUUGCAUAUGAUUUAAAGUAAAAACGUUGCUGCAUUACUUUUCGUUCCUUUUUAUGCCGGCGAUGAACUAAAUAUUAAGAUUAAUCUCUAUAAUAUUAUGAUUGUAUAAUAUUAUCCUGAUAGGGUUUAGCAGAGUAGCAUGAGGUAAUAAUAGUAUAAUAGUUAUUA